GAUUUCACUCCGGCUAAGGAAAACAUGUUACAGUGAGGCUAGAAGACAGAAUGAGGUCACGUGGAUGUUACUCAACUGAGAUAAAUUUCAAAGGACUAGUGGCCGCAGCAAGGAGAUAGGCUGUGGGGAGACAGUUCAGAACGGUUUCGUCUGAGAGGACGCGACUUCCACAAAGUUGUACCCAACACUAAGAACACAUACUCAGAACAACCGCUCUCCUCCAAAACACCCUGGAAGCAAUUUUGACCCUCUUUUCCGUACGAUGAGCCAAGAUGGCGGGGCCCGUGUUUGAAUACCAGAUUCAAGAUGGCAACUUCCUGCUUCCCGCGCAGCGUCGCGCGUGGCCAACGAGGCCACGCCCACUUCCGGCUCCUGCGCCUCAGCAUGGCUGCUUUGGGUAUGCUGCUCUCUAGUGUCCGGAGACUGCAUUGCGGCUCCGCGGCUCGGGCAGGCAGCCAGUGGCGACUCCGGCAGGGCCUUGCUGCCAACCCCUCCGGCUACGGGCCCCUUACAGAGCUCCCAGACUGGUCGUACGCGGAUGGCCGCCCUGCUCCUCCAAUGAAAGGCCAGCUUCGAAGAAAAGCCCAAAGGGAAAAGUUUGCGGUGAGUGAGACGAGUUGUACUGCUGUCACAGGAAAUGGAUGCUGGAUUACAGGCAUGGCAGCUCAGACAGCAGGAGAAGUUGCAGGAAGAAAAAAGGAAGCAGCAGAAUGCUCUUAA